AACGAAGCAGAAGAAGAAGAAGAAGAGAAGGACACCAACAAGAAAUAAAAAAGGCCCCCUCUUUGCCUCUCUCCCUUCGUUUUUUUUUUUACCAAAUCAUUGCUAUAAAAACCCUAGUCCUUUCUUUCUCUCUAAAGUUCUUUAGUUUUUACCACUCUAUGCAUCGAUCGGAAUCAAAAUCUUCUCGAUAUUUUGGCACUUUUUGGUGGAAAUCUCGAGCUUGGAGAAAUCGCGGAUAUUUUGUAAUUUGAGGUUUUUGAGAUUGUAGAUUGAGAUUGGGAUCUAAAAGUGGGUGAAUUUGAGUUGAUUCAAGGCAAUUUGUGAGAUUAUUUGGUCGAUUUUCAGCUGUGGCUCUGUGGGGGAAUUGGAAAAAUAUUGGAAUUUGAUUAAACUUUUUUGAAAUUUAAGGGAGUUGGAAUUGGAUGGGGGAAGGAGAAGGAGAAGGAGGUGACUUCCCGCCAAAAAAGGUGCAAUCGGAUACGGCGGAUUUUCCGGCGAAGAAACUAGCAAGGCAGCUUGAUUUCACGGCCGGUUUUGGCGGGGUUUCUUCUGGAGGUGUAGUUUUGCCGGAACACCCGCAAUCCACACAAGGGAUAGCUACGGCUGCGGCGGCUGCUGUUACUCAGCAACAUCAACAGCAACAGAUAAAGCCGCCGGUGGUAGCGACCACCCCUGUGGCCGCCACGCAACCUCCUCCUCUUACUACGGCAUCAUCGAGGGUUGUAAAACCAGAAUCUCCAAAAGCAAAACCAAGACCAAAUGAACUAAAAGAUGGUACUCCAAAGAAGCAGAAGCAGUGUAACUGUAAACAUUCUCGGUGUCUGAAACUGUACUGUGAGUGCUUUGCAUCUGGAAUAUAUUGUGAUGGGUGCAACUGUGUUAAUUGUUAUAACAAUGUUGAGAAUGAAGCUGCAAGGCGAGAUGCUGUUGAAGCAACUUUGGAGCGUAAUCCAAACGCAUUCAGGCCAAAAAUUGCUAGCAGCCCUCAUGGUGCUCGGGAUUGCAGAGAAGAGGCUGGGGAAGGUUUAAUGUUGGGAAAGCACAACAAAGGAUGCCACUGCAAGAAAUCCGGGUGCCUUAAAAAGUACUGUGAGUGUUUCCAAGCCAACAUUCUUUGCUCUGAAAACUGCAAAUGUAUGGACUGCAAGAAUUUUGAGGGAAGUGAAGAGAGACAGGCUCUAUUUCAUGGAGACCAUGCCAACAACAUGGCAUAUAUUCAGCAGGCAGCAAAUGCUGCCAUAACUGGAGCUAUUGGAUCCUCUGGUUAUGCAUCCCUUCCAGUAUCUAAAAAGAGAAAAGGUCAAGAACUGUUCUUUGGCUCAACUGCCAAGGAUCCAUCUGUUCACAGGCUUGGACAGUUUCCUCAGGCAAAUCAUAUCAGAGCUUCUGCACCGUCCUCUUCCUUGUCUUCCAUGCCAGUUUCUCGUGCUGGUGCAACUGCUGCAGUAGGCCCAUCAAAAUUCACAUAUAGGUCUCUGUUAGCAGACAUCAUUCAAAAGCAGGACCUGAGGGAGCUUUGCUCUGUUUUGGUAGUUUUAUCUGGAGAAGCUGCAAAGACACUUGCAGAUCAGAGAAGUUUAACCGAAAAACGGGCAGAAGAUCAGACAGAAACUUCCCUUGCAUCAUCCACUCAAGACAGGCUGCAAAGCCAGAAGGAUUCUGAUGCUGAGAAAACCACGGCUGACGAUUGCUCAAGUGCAAACCAGGCUGAUAAAGCUGGCCCUGAGGAUUCCAGCUCAGAUGGUGCUGAUAUGCCAAAGGGAAGACCUAUGUCACCAGGAACUUUGGCAUUGAUGUGUGAUGAACAAGAUACAAUGUUCAUGGCAGCUGCUUCUCCUAAUGGGAUCAUGGGCCAUGGCUGCAGCACAUCUUCUCAAUUGCCUUAUGGACAGGGCAUGACAGAGAUUUAUGCAGAGCAGGAAAGAAUUGUUCUGACAAAGUUCCGAGAUUGUCUCAAUAGGCUUAUCACUUUUGGAGACAUAAAGGAAACGCAGUGUUCAUCAUUAGCUAGAACAGAGAUAGGUAGUCAAAGAGGCCCACUCAGCAAUGGAACUGAAAUUGUCAGAACUGAGGCUGGGAAUCGACAGGGAUCCAUUACCAAUGGAGUUGCGAAAACUGUCAGUCCACUUACAGUCAAGACAUCUCAGAUGGCUGCUGCGGUGGUCACCACUGCUAAUAAUGAUCUCCCUAGAGUUCCAUCCCUUCCUGAAAAUGGGGAUGCUAAAACAAAAGCUGAAACAGAUGUAAAGAUCCCAAAUGCUGACAAUUGUCCCAAGGUAUGAUACUGCAGUUCUCUGCACUAUACCACUGAUCACUCCACAUUCAGUUCUGAUGCAAUAUCGAGGUGAUUGUGGGCAUCAUUCUUGGAAUUGACCAGAGCUCUGAUUAAUUUCUCCCAUUAUUGAUAAUAUUGAUCAGUUUUCUGUCUCAACAAUAGCUUGAGCUCAUACCAGUGUAAAUUGCACGGUACCAUAUAGGCUACAUGCUAAUGACCACCAUAGCUUCUGUUGUUAGAUGCUAGGAAUUUCAUUAAUCUACUCCUAUUUUUAGCAAAAACAAAGAGCAAUUUUAUAAUUUUUCAUGGAGUAUGUAGCUUAGAGUUUCCGACCAAGGGAAAGCCGAUUAGGUGCUUAAUUGGUGAGUGAUGGUCAAAGAACACGUGGAAAUUAGUUGUCUUGUAUCGGGUGCUACUUGCCCAUCCAUAUUUUUUGAGGGAUUUUUUUUAUAGCAUGGAGUUGCCUCAACAAUUAAUGCCCUCAUUGUUUAUAUGUAUAUUAUUCUUCUUGAAAUGAAAAAUUUUCGCUCUCUUUGCUAUAUCA